AAAUAAAUAUAAGGGCGGCCAUCUUUGUUUCUCUGCCUUGUAGUGUAAAAUAUUCCAAAAACGCCCCCCACUUUUUGUGUGUCGAUUUGAAUAUUAAAUAAAUAUCAUAAUUCGAAAGGAAUACACUUUUGCAUCUCGCGGAACGGGGUCACCGAUGGGAAUACAAUGUCCUCUCUUCUCCGUUCUUGUGAGGAAGAUGAGGGCACGGCGGUUAAUUCCGAGGGAGGAGAUUUUGAUGAAGAAGAAGACGACGGAGACCUGGACGAGAACGCAAGCGACAUAAACUCACCGGCGGCGCCUACAGAAACUGCAGCGAGAGCGGCGCCAGAUGAUGGCGAUGACAUUGGGCAGACAUUGGACAGGGACAACCUGGGGAAAAAGAAACGAGGCCCUAAGAAAAAGAAAGAGACGAAAAAGAGAGACAAGGACAAGGAGGGGAAGAUGGCCAAAGCACGCAAGCGCAAAAAAAUAGACAGUGACGUAGAAAGAGACUCAGAGCCAGACUAUGCCAUGAACUCUGACAGUGCUGCCAGCGAUUAUGGAGGAGAGAAGAAAAAGAAGAAGAAGCACAAGGACAAAAAAGAGAAGAAAACCAAGAAGAAGAAAAAAGAGGAUGAAGACAGUACACACGAAGAGACCACAAAGCCGGUAGAGAUGAAAACAUCGGCCCAGCUGGCUAGGGAGUGGGGACUGGAGGAUGUCGAUCACACAUUCACAGAAGAAGAUUACCGCACACUAACCAACUACAAAGCCUUCAGCCAGUUUAUGAGACCCAUGAUUGCUAAGAAGAACCCAAAAAUCCCCAUGUCCAAGAUGAUGACAAUUCUGGGGGCCAAAUGGCGAGAGUUCAGCUCCAAUAAUCCAUUCAAAGGCUCGGCAGCAGCCGUUGCUGCUGCUGCAGCAGCCGCCGCAGCAGCCGUUGCUGAGCAGGUCUCUGCAGCAACAGCCUCCCCUGAACCUCCACCUCAGCCACCACCACUUCGCAAGGCCAAGACCAAAGAGGGCAAAGGCCCUGGCUUCAAGAAACGCAGUAAGAGUCCUCGUGUCUCAGAUAAGAAGAAGCCAAAAUCCAAGAAAAUGGCACCUCUGCGCAUUAAACUGGGAGCGCUUGGUAACAAGAGGAAGAAGAGUAGUUCGAGUGAGGAGGUGGAUGAGGAUGAUUCUGAGCAGGAAAACUCUAGCGUUCACAGUUCUUCAGUCCGCUCUGACAGCUCGGGACGGGUCAAGAAGAACAAAAGGGGUCGCCCAGCAAAGAAGAAGAAAAAGGCGCUGCUGGGUGAUGAGGAUGGCGAUGGCUAUGAGACUGACCAUCAGGACUACUGCGAGGUUUGUCAGCAGGGAGGAGAGAUCAUUCUGUGUGACACCUGUCCUCGAGCGUACCACCUGGUCUGUCUUGAGCCUGAGCUGGAGAAAGCCCCCGAGGGCAAGUGGAGCUGCCCUCACUGUGAGAAAGAAGGAAUCCAGUGGGAAGCAAAGGAAGAAGAGUUUGAGGACUUUGAAGAGGAGUGUGAUGAUGUCCGGGAUUUGGAGGCAGGGCUGGGUGGAGAGGAAGAGGAGGAUGAUCACAUGGAGUUCUGUCGUGUGUGUAAGGAUGGAGGAGAGCUGCUGUGCUGUGACUCUUGCCCGUCAUCCUAUCACAUUCACUGCCUGAACCCCCCAAUGCCCGAGAUCCCCAACGGAGAGUGGCUCUGUCCACGCUGCACUUGUCCCCCAAUAAAAGGGCGAGUACAAAAAAUUCUGCACUGGCGAUGGGGUGAUCCACCAGCCCCAGUUCCUGUCCCUCCACCCCCAGAUGCACCCCCUGAUGCACCGCCCCCUCCGCCUAUGAAGGGUCGUCCAGAGAGAGAAUUCUUUGUAAAGCUAGCAAGACAGUCCUACUGGCACUGCACCUGGAUCACAGAGCUACAGCUCGAGAUCUUCCACUCUGUGAUGUUCCGGAACUAUCAGAGGAAAACAGACAUGGAUGAGCCACCCAGUCUGGACUAUGGCUCGGGGGGAGAGGAGGAUUCUGGGAAGAGUGAGAAGCGAAGGGCCAAAGACCCUCAAUAUGCCAUUCUGGAAGAGAAGUACUACAGAUAUGGCAUCAAGCCUGAGUGGAUGAUGGUGCACAGAAUAAUCAAUCACAGUGUGGAUAAAAAGGGCAACUACCACUACCUGGUUAAAUGGCGAGAUCUGACCUAUGACCAGUGCACCUGGGAGAGAGAUGAGCUGGACAUCCCUGAGUUUGGUCCGCACAAAGCGGCGUACUGGAGACACAGGGAGGAAGUGAUGAAGGAAGACCCAGAGAAGCCAAGGAAGAUGAGGAGGAGAGAGGAGAAUGAUGAUGCUCCAAGCACACCUGUUAAUGACCCGACAAUCAAGUAUGAGGAGCAGCCAGACUUUGUGACAGAGACGGGAGGUACAUUGCAUCUCUAUCAGCUGGAGGGGCUGAACUGGCUGCGGUUCUCCUGGGCUCAGGGAACAGACACCAUCCUGGCUGAUGAAAUGGGCUUGGGCAAGACCAUCCAGACUAUUGUUUUCCUCUACUCACUCUUUAAAGAGGGACACACUAAAGGUCCGUUCCUGGUGAGCGCACCACUGUCCACAAUCAUUAACUGGGAGAGAGAGUUUGAGAUGUGGGCUCCUGACUUCUACGUUGUCACUUACACCGGAGACAAGGACAGCCGGGCCAUCAUCCGUGAGAAUGAGUUCACCUUUGAUGACACGGCAGUGAAGGGAGGAAAAAAAACCUUCAAAUUACAGAGAGAAGCUCCCAUUAAGUUCCAUGUGUUGUUAACAUCCUAUGAGCUUGUGACCAUAGACCAGAACGUUCUCAAGUCCAUUGAAUGGGCCUGUCUUGUAGUGGAUGAAGCCCACCGCCUCAAAAACAACCAGUCCAAGUUCUUCAGGAGACUGAAUGACUACAAGAUAGACCAUAAGCUGCUUCUAACAGGAACUCCACUCCAGAACAACCUGGAAGAACUUUUCCACUUGCUCAACUUCCUGACGCCCAACCGCUUCAAUAAUCUAGAGGGUUUUCUAGAGGAGUUUGCGGACAUCUCUAAAGAGGACCAGAUUAAGAAACUGCAUGACCUGCUUGGCCCACACAUGCUCCGGAGACUCAAAGCUGAUGUGUUUAAGAACAUGCCGGCCAAAACUGAGCUGAUCGUCCGAGUGGAGCUCAGCCCCAUGCAGAAAAAAUACUACAAGUUCAUUCUGACGCGUAAUUUCGAGGCGCUGAAUUCUAAGGGAGGAGGGAACCAGGUGUCUCUGCUCAACAUUAUGAUGGAUCUAAAAAAGUGCUGCAACCACCCCUACCUCUUCCCCGUCGCUUCUGACGAAGCUCCCAAAACACCAAGUGGAGCGUAUGAAGGUUCAGGUCUCACUAAGGCUUCUGGGAAACUCAUGCUGCUGCAGAAAAUGCUCAGAAAACUGAAAGAGCAAGGCCAUCGAGUGCUAGUGUUCUCUCAGAUGACCAAGAUGCUGGAUUUGCUGGAGGAUUUCCUGGAUUAUGAGGGUUAUAAGUAUGAGCGAAUUGAUGGAGGCAUCACUGGAGCUCUCCGACAGGAAGCCAUUGACAGAUUUAAUGCUCCUGGUGCAUGUCAGUUUUGUUUUCUUCUCUCUACACGAGCGGGCGGUCUGGGAAUCAAUUUGGCCACUGCGGACACAGUCAUCAUCUUUGACUCUGACUGGAAUCCCCACAAUGAUAUACAGGCCUUUAGCCGAGCUCACCGUAUUGGUCAGGCCAAUAAGGUGAUGAUAUAUCGGUUCGUCACACGGGCCUCGGUGGAGGAACGAAUUACUCAGGUGGCCAAAAGGAAGAUGAUGCUCACACACCUGGUGGUGCGGCCCGGUCUGGGAUCAAAAGCCGGAUCCAUGUCUAAACAAGAGUUGGAUGACAUCCUCAAGUUUGGCACGGAGGAGCUUUUCAAGGAUGAGAUUGAGGCAGGGGACAAUAAGGAUGAUGAUAGCAGCGUAAUUCACUACGACAAUGUUGCUAUCGAGCGUUUGCUAGAUCGCAGCCAGGAUGCCACAGAUGACUCUGACAUGCAGAACAUGAACGAGUAUUUGAGCUCCUUCAAGGUGGCCCAGUACACUGUCAAAGAAGAUGACAAGAUAGAGGAGAUCGAGAGAGAGAUCAUUAAGCAGGAAGAGAAUGUGGAUCCUGAUUACUGGGAGAAACUCUUAAGGCAUCACUAUGAACAACAGCAGGAAGAUCUGGCCCGCAAUCUCGGCAAAGGAAAGAGAGUCCGCAAACAGGUCAACUACAAUGACGCGGCUCAGGAGGAACAAGAGUGGCAUGCUGACAUUUCAGAUAACCAAUCAGAAUACUCCGUGGGCUCAGAGGAGGAAGAUGAGGACUUUGAUGAGAGACCUGAGGGUCGCAGACAGUCACGCAGGCAGCUCAGAAAUGAGAAGGAUAAACCACUGCCUCCCCUGUUGGCCAGAGUGGGUGGCAACAUUGAGGUAUUGGGCUUUAAUACGCGUCAGAGAAAAGCUUUCCUGAACGCCAUCAUGAGAUGGGGUAUGCCAGCUCAGGACGCCUUCUCAUCCCAGUGGCUCGUGCGAGACCUCCGCGGCAAGAGUGAAAAGGAGUUCAAGGCAUACGUGUCUCUCUUCAUGAGGCACCUCUGUGAGCCGGUGGCUGACGGUUCAGAGACCUUCGCUGAUGGUGUCCCGCGAGAAGGGCUCUGCAGGCAGCCGGUUCUGACACGUAUAGGAGUCAUGUCUCUAGUAAAGAAGAAGGUGCAAGAGUUUGAGCACAUUAACGGGAAAUGGAGCAUGCCUGAAUUGAAGCCAGAGAUUACUGUGGACUCCAAGAAAUCUUCAAGAGCUUCUUCACCUGCCAUUAAGACAGAUACUCCCACACCUGAAAUGAGCUGCAACAACACACCAUGUACCUCCAAACCAGCCACUCCCUCUCCACCUGACAAGAUAGAAAAGAGUACGAAAGAGGUGGAGAAAGACGAGUGUGAGUCCCAAACAGAACCAGAAAGAGAGAGAGAGAAGGAAAAAGGAAAGGAGGGGGAGAGUGUGGACAGCCCAGAACAUGCAGAGACUUCCACCACAGUGAAAGAGAGUGAAAAAGAUCCUGAAACCAGUGAAAAAGCUCAAACAUCCGAAAGUCCAACAAAAGCUUCUGAUGAUUCAAAAACAAAGGAAAGUCCUGAAAUUUCUCAGUCUUCUCCAAAAGAAAAGAGUGAGAAAGAAAAUCAAGAAGAUGAGAGCACUGAAAAAGUGGCCUCUCCGGAGAAAACGUCUGAUUCUCCAUCUGUUAAAGACCAGAGCAGAGAGGCUUUGAAAGGGGAAAAAGGAGAGAAACGAGAAAAGGCUGGAGAAGAAAAGGAGAAGAGUGAAGUGGCAUCUCCUCCCAUAGAAACAACCGAAAAGAAAGAGAAAUUAGAUCUAUCUUCUGAUGUCAAAAAAGAGGAGGUGAAGGGUGAGAAGGAUGCUGUGAAGGAGGUCAGAGGACAGAGGGAGGAGGUGCCCAAAGGUAACGGCAAACCCACAGAGCGUCCACGAUUUAUGUUCAAUAUCGCAGAUGGAGGAUUCACAGAACUCCACACUCUUUGGCAGAAUGAGGAGCGGGCGGCCAUUUCAUCAGGCAAGAUCAAUGAGAUCUGGCACCGGCGGCACGACUUCUGGCUGCUGGCAGGCAUCGUGUGCCAUGGCUAUGCUCGGUGGCAGGACAUUCAGAACGACCCGCAGUUCGCCAUCGUGAACGAACCUUUCAAAACGCAAGCCAACAAGGGAAACUUCUUAGAGAUGAAAAACAAGUUCCUGGCCAGGCGGUUUAAGCUGCUAGAGCAGGCCCUGGUGAUAGAGGAGCAGUUGCGUCGUGCUGCAUACCUCAACAUGACCCAGGACCCAACUCACCCGGCUAUGGCCCUGAACGCUCGCUUUGCUGAGGUUGAAUGUCUAGCCGAGUCCCAUCAACAUCUCAGCAAGGAAUCACUCGCAGGAAACAAACCGGCCAAUGCCGUGUUGCAUAAGGUUCUUAACCAACUGGAGGAGCUUCUGAGUGACAUGAAGGCAGACGUAAUGCGGCUCCCAGCCACACUCUCUAGAGUCCCGCCGAUCACAGCCCGCCUGCAGAUGUCAGAGAGAAGCAUCCUCAGCAGACUGGCCAACAAAGGCAACGAGACACACACACCGCCGCCUAUUCCUCCAGGCCCGUACGCCACCCCACAAAACUACGGCCCUCCCUUCACACCUGCACCUUCAGCGGCUCUCACUCUGGCAGGGGCCAACUACAACCAGAUGCCCCCUGGCGCUUUCAUAUCAGAAGCUCCGUCCUGCCUGAAGACCAAGGAACAUGACGUGCUGCAGCGCCAGAGGGUGGUGGACCUGUGGAAGGACGGCAAGUCGGAAGGGUCAAUUGGACAAGAGCUUCGCAUGCCCAAAUCCACUGUGCACAGCAUCAUCGUCAAGUAUCGCCUCAGCAACACGGUGGAGAACCUGCCACGCAACGGACGGCCCAAAAAACCAUGACCUGAAAGAGGGAUGGAUGGAGGAUGAGAGGGAUGAAGUGACUGUAGAAUGUGAGGGGCAGAAAGCCUAGAGAAAAAAACAUGAUUAAACUAGACAGGAUUGGAGGGUACAAGGAGGUGAAAGUGUCUGAAAAUACUGUAGCCGAGAGCAUAUUGUAGCAGGUUAGGAAGAGCUGCUGGACUUCUUGAGAGAUGAUACUCUUCAGUCAACAUGGUUAAUAAUAGAUAGACAAAAUGCAAAUGAAAAUGCAAAAGAGUGAAAUGAAAUAGGAAAAAGAGAGCUGAAAGGAGAGCCGUUUGGACGACGAAAACACAGACCUCUUCUGCCCUUUCCAGCACUUUUUUUCUCUCUCAAUCUCUCUCUCCCCUUGCCCCCUCCAUUCCCUUUCUUUUAUUUGUCGGUCCGAGAGAAGUCCCAGCAGAUUAACUUUUCAUUUGGCCAAAGGAGCGAGAGCGCACGUUUAAGUGCCCGAAACCUCCCCCCCCUAAUUCCACCACAAAUCACUAUUCUUCUGCAUCAAUUUAUACAGUAUCUUUUUCUUUUAACAUUUAUCCACUCUCCUUCUCUCUCUCACACACACACAUGCUGCCUCACAAAGUCAGAAGUGAAGGAUUCCAAAGGCGGCAGUUUUUCCAAAAUACCACAAGUUUGUUUUCUGUCAUUAAUACCCCUGACCCAAUCAAAACUGUUUUGGAACUGAGGCACAGUGGAGUGGAACUAUCUUUAUCCUGGAAACUGCGGACCUCUUGAAAAACUCACCAGCCACAGACUCUCUGCGUUCCUAAACUAGGACUGUGAAAUGUAAAACCGGCAUGAAAUCACUCCAUAUACAUGAAGACUGACUCUUCAUCACAGCAACCUGUCCAGUGGGGUGAUAUCUGCACCUGAUCUGAGAUUAGAUCUUCCAGAGCUAACUUAUUGAAGGAAUGCGCUGAUCCUGGGUCAGAAGACCUUCAUUCUGAGCGUGCACACGAUUCAGUUGGUCUGACCAAAUUCCUGUGCUGUGCUAGAGCCAGAUUCAAUCCCCAGCAGGACGUUUAUACAGUACAUGACUGUUGUAUGAGAACUCCCUGCAUUCUACAAAAAUGCACAAACACUCCCACGUGUGCACAACUCAUGCACGCUUGAGAGCCACUUAAGUAGCUCUGUGUUUUCCACCACAUGGUGUGUUUUAUUGUAAUGGCAGUUGAGUGUGCGUGGUCUUGCAGUAUCAAUGAACUGAAGCUGAUUGUGCAUAUGUUUGUGUUCGGGUGUGAGUGUACUGUACGAUUGAAGGUUCAGGGCUGCUGGUGUGUGAGUGAUUAAUUGUGUGAGUGUGCUGGUUGUUUGGAUAGGCUGGGUCACUGAGGCCAGCUGCCAUGUUUCUGCAUGUUUUUCUGGUUUACUGAGAAGUAGAGAGGCUGGUGUGCAGGAGCAAAACUGGGUGCCCUAAGAUAAUGUUUGGUCAGAGAAAGUGGCAUACAGAGAUGGUUGAAAGGCAGACAGUCUGAGAAAGAGAUCUGAAUAACACUUUUAUGGGCAACUAGUGGAUAUUUUGAUUUAAUGUGUUGAUUUUUUUCUUCAAUUAUUUGGGAUGAAAAAGCCUAAUUUAUUUUCUGUAUUUUAUAAAAUCAAGUUAAU